UCUCAUUUUUGAAGACAGAGACAGUUGUGAGCCGGUAUCAUAAACAUGUGUUCCUGUUCCAGCUAGACGGAACAUAAAAAUGAUCUGCACUCUUAGAGCCCCAAAGUCCUUGAGCUCAGACGCUCCAUUACUAUUUAUGACAGAAAUGGCAAACCAAAACAUAAUGUUGGUUUUUGAACCCACAGCGGCCGAGUCAGCAGCUUCUAGACACGAACGGGGCUCCGUUCACCAAUAUGCCAAGUAGCUGGUAUUUAUUAGCGGGCUGCUUGUGAGACGUUUGGUAAGCGCUCAUAAACUGCAGCUUUAGCUGCAGUAAAUUUCCUUUACUCCAACAGUUUCAGUGUUUGAGCGCGGCCCUUUGGGUUCCUCUGUCGCUUUAUUUUACUGCUGAAUGGGUGUCAAAGAGGGGGUCCACGGUUCAUUUUUGACGGGAGCGUGACUAAACAUGUGGGCCGACAGCCACAUCAUGCUAGAAGACACCUUGUGUGGAGUCCUGGAUAAUGAAACGCUUCCUUUAACAGCUCCGCCACCUUGGCAUCACCCAUUAUUAUGAUUAAUAGCGCCUACCUCACUGCAGAUAAUUGCAGCUAUUUGUAUAUUUCCUUACAUGUGUGGCUGUUGAUUUACUAAUCUGUGAUGUGGCGGUGGGCUUAGGAUGCAUCAUGAAAAAUGACGGGACCCAUCUGAGGCGGCGUUGUGAGACCGGGUUACGGUUAAGGUCGUAGGAGGAACUAGCUGUUGGGAGUUGGCGCCGUCCGCGUAGUCCACGGGAACGACCGAGCCGCUCGGAUGCUUUCCGACAAAGACGACGGACGGCGGGGGCUCCUCCAGUUUGGUGGAGGGCUCGGGCCUCUGCUUGAUUUAUCCCAACAGCUCCUGUUAACGGCUGCAUUUAGUGCAGCCGCAUAGAAAAGCCAUCUUCCCCUCCGCCCUGUCAUCGUCAUGCCAUUUGUUUAUGAAUCACGGCUCGCUCCUAAUGGCCCGUUUGGCGGGAUGUGAUCCGUCUUGUGAAUAGCCUGCUUUUACACGCACCCCCCCCUGCUUCACGAUUUAUUUAAAAAAGCAGUGAUCGACUUUGAAACCGCUGCAUUAUAGCGUAGGUGUGUUUUCUGAUGGGCAGCAGUAAAGACACGAUUACAGAAACGCAUCCAGCUGUACAGCUGUCCAUCACUAUAACAAGGUCUACCUUUUUAAUCUCUGCGGUAAAGUACGCUUUUCUUUUUAGUGAUUAUGUGUGAUAAAUAAAUCAUGACCUGUAAUCAAUUCAUCUGAUUAUUCUAUUCUUAAUCAAACCUAACAAUUGCUGUGAAAAGUCUCAUUUUGAGGUAUUUUCAUUUAAAUUUGUGACCUUGCAGUAAAAGAUCGGAAAACAACUAAAAAGGUGGCUUGAUCAAGUUUUCCUAGUACAGCAGACUUCCUACCUUUACAUUUACACCAGCAAAGGGGAUUUCUUUUCAAUCCAGAACUACAAAAUCCCACAUUGAUGAUGUCACAGUAGCGAUGCAGCGUGGGAAGUGUACACAGACACUAAGACCUGCACUUAAUGUGAAACGUGUUUUGUGCUGAGCUUACAAAAAACGCUCAAGUGAGUAAAUAGUUGGACCUUUGUUUUCAUAUUUCAGAACACGACAAUAGUUAUAGACUAAAACUGAGACAAGUGCAAUUUCUAAAAAAGUGUUAAUUUGUCCGUAAUUAAUCGGGAAUUAAUGCAAUCAUUUGGCAGAUUUAUCAGUAAAUCCACUCUGUCCAGAAUGCGUUCAGUUUAAAAAUCUUCAUUAGCAGAUCUUUUUUUUUAUUCUUUAAUUCUCAACAUUUAUACCCAACAGAGGUUUUAGGUUAAAGUUUAACCUUGCCUCUGAGUUGUGGGCAGAACCGCUGGUGCAGAGCAACCACGCCCGCCGAGGCAAACGAGGAGGGCCCGGAGGCCGUGCUGUCCAUCGAGACAGGUCUAGGGGACCAGGCAGAGUCUGAACUGGCGGGGAGUCAGGCGGGUCAGGGGCCUGUGGGGAAUGAGGCCUGCAUUGGGUCAGGACUAGCGUAGCAAAGUCGGGGUGAACCAGCGAACAGGCCAGUCAUCGGGUACUGGCAGUUCCAGCUGGCCGUUGAGGCGUCAGCCAAGGCCCAGGCGGGAACAGGAACAGAGGCGUCCACCGAGUCAUGGGCUGAGAGUGCAGGCGAGUCUGCGGCAGGCGUGGCAGAGUCGGAGUGCAACGGGAGGUAGGGCCAGUGGUCAGUCACCCGCACAUGGACCAGUUGUUGGACGGAUCGGGCUAAAGUGCGUCCCGGACCACCACUGGUACAUAUACGGGCUGGGUGCUUCCGGGACCACCACUGGUACAUAUACGGGCUGGGUGCUUCCGGGACCACCACUGGAACAGAGACGGGCUGGGGUGUGUCCAAGACCGCCACCUGAAAAGGGUCGGGCUGGGGUAUAUCCAGGAACACCAAUGGAACAGAGUCGGACUGCUGUGCAUCCGGGACCACCACUGGAACAGAGGCGAGCUGGGGUGCGUCCGGAACUACCACCGGAACAGAGUUGGGCUAGGGUGCGUCCGAGAACACCACCAGAACAGAGUCAGGCUGAGGUGCAUCCGAGACCACCACUGGAACAGAGACAGGCUGAGGUACGUCCGGAACUACCAACGGUACAGAGGCAGGCUGGGUUCCAUCCGGGACCACCACCGGAACAGAGGCGGGCCGGGUUGCGUCCGGGACCACCACAGGAACAGAGUUGGGCUAGGGUGCGUCCGAGACCACCACCAGAACAGAGUCAGGCUGAGGUACGUCCGGAACCACCAACGGUACAGAGGCGGGCUGGGAUGUGUCCGGAACCACCAACGGUACAGAGGCGGGCUGGGAUGUGUCUGGGACCACCACAGGAACAGAGUUGGGCUAGGGUGCGUCCGAGAACACCACCAGAACAGAGUCAGGCUGAGGUGCAUCCGAGACCACCACUGGAACAGAGACAGGCUGAGGUACGUCCGGAACUACCAACGGUACAGAGGCAGGCUGGGUUCCAUCCGGGACCACCACCGGAACAGAGGCGGGCCGGGUUGCGUCCGGGACCACCACAGGAACAGAGUUGGGCUAGGGUGCGUCCGAGACCACCACCAGAACAGAGUCAGGCUGAGGUACGUCCGGAACCACCAACGGUACAGAGGCGGGCUGGGAUGUGUCCGGAACCACCAACGGUACAGAGGCGGGCUGGGAUGUGUCUGGGACCACCACAGGAACAGAGUUGGGCUAGGGUGCGUCCGAGACCACCACCAGAACAGAGUCAGGCUGAGGUACGUCCGGAACCACCAACGGUACAGAGGCGGGCUGGGAUGUGUCCGGAACCACCAACGGUACAGAGGCGGGCUGGGAUGUGUCCGGGACCACCACCGGAACAGAGUUGGGCUGCGGUUUAUCAGAGACCACAUCACAAGAGUCUGGCUGGGUGCAUCCGGGACCACCACCAGAACAGAGAUGGGCUGGAUGUCAUCUAUUAUUAUUAUUAUUAUUAUUAUUAUUAUUAUUAUGAGUGUUUUGUUUUUUUUAUUCUUGCAAUAAACAAACAGACGAUUGUGUAUCAAAUUAGAUGUCUUUCAUUUGUUAUUCUCUGGAUGACUAAUAACUGUUUUCCUGCAUAAACCUGCAUUUGUCAAGUUUGUCAGCUACUGUAAUUUCCCUGAAGAAUCAGAAAAUGUAACACCUAUAAACAUGCAUAAACAUCGUCCACAGACAGGAACAACUCCACAAUCCCCUCUGACAUUUGAUGUCUGUAGCACACAGGCCGUUGGCUGCUCCUCGACAGCAUCAUAUGAGCCGUUCAGACAGUCAUUGGCCGUGGCAGAGGCCGCAAUAUCAGGGAUUGACUGGUACAUUUGCUGCAACAUGACCUGAACCCUUUUACAGAACAUGUGGCACUCUGGUUAGAGGAAAUGUCAUGUG